CUUCAUUCCUAUGGGAAGGACAGUGCCGGUCUUUUACUGCCUUCUUUGGAUGGAUAGCGGCAGGCUGAACAAUGACGUGGGUUGGCUACAUAUGUAUCAAGGUGGGAGAGGCCAAUGACCGAUGUGCUGUCAUUGACGCCGUCGUGGGCCGCACACUGACAGGAGAGGAGACCACCUUUGAGACCGAACUACAAUGCUAGCUGAUAGUGGUGCAGUGCGUGCUAGAUAAGACACAAUGACAAGCCAUCACCUGGGCGAACCAAAGAAACAGCGACUGCCAAAUGAAACAGGAGAAUGGUGAACGGCCAGUGCCACAGGUCUGUUUCAUAGCAGCUGUGGUGCCGGGUAGUAGUAGAACUACAAUUGAGAAACUAGUUACUUGUAGAACAUACUACUACAUGUUAUGAAGAGUAGGGCUCUGUGGAGCUCCAGUUGUUUACAGAAUAUCUGGGUAGCUCGACUGUAAUGUCGGAAGGAGGCACAGUAAAGCAUGCUUGGCAAGAGACGGAGGAGAGAGCCAUGCACCUUUCGCAGAUUUGCAUUGAUAGUCACUGUCACGGCAGUGGCGAGCAGCCUGGCGUUGGUGGCAUGGAUAGCUCUGCACCCAUUACCGACUUCCUCAAACGAUGCAGAUGUCAACGGAGCACCAGGCAAACAAGCCCUAGACUCUCAGCAGGCAAGCAAGAUCUUGCAUUCUGCUUUUGAACAUUUCCCCAACGGAGAUGAAAUCAACAUAGCAUGCCCAUCCGAGCAGAGCCUCAUGAAGGGGUCCUCCGAGAUGGCUCAUUUGGCUGUUGGCCUGUGCAAGCUGGAGUGGCAUGCUGAGAAAAAGCGCAAACCGCCACCAGAUCCCGUUGUACUCGUGAAGGACACAUCACGAGAGAGAUACUUUGCCAAGCGAGACAUGCAAGCAUGGCAAGUGGCAUACGAGAAGCUGGACAUGCAGGUAGUCGAGCCGGCCUUGACGCAACAAACAAAGCUAUCCGACUUCACUGUUCUCAUCUGCCUUGGCCUUGCAUUCACUGACACUACGUGCAUUCGUGCCGAGGACCAGGUGUUGCUUAAGUCAUGGCAGCGUGUCAACCAGUUGUACGGCAUGCGCUGGCUACUGUGGAGGAAAGAUGGCUUCUGUAGGACACUAACGGGCGCAUUGGCGGACAGCACCGUCAAGCCAGAUUUCUUCUUCCGUUGCUGGACAUUGCCGCAGGAGCUGAGCAAGUUCCGGCAAGCGGCCGCUGGCGGUGAGUAUGCUAGUGAUCAAGCCUGGAUUGUCAAGCCAAUGGGCCGUGGAGAGGGUAACGGGAUCUUCAUCACAGCGUCCGUCAACGAUAUCGUGUCGCGUCAGCUGGACGGCUACAUUGUGCAGCCGUUCCUGGAAAAUCCUCUCCUCAUUGAGAAUAAGAAAUGGGACCUUAGAACGUAUGUACUGGUGUCGUCAAUCAGUCCUCUACGAGCAUAUUUCUAUAGUGAGGGUCUGGUUCGCUUUGCUGCAAAACCUUACAACGCCACUGCCUGUAGGCAAGGACCAGGCAAUGAACACCGCUGCCUGACCAACACGUCGAUCAACAAGAAAUUCGCGCACAUCAGCAAGCUGACUUGGACGUACCGGAAGCUCCGGCGUCAUCUUGACGAGCUAGGCAUCGGCAGCCAGAACAUCUUCCGUGCCGUACGCCGGGCCAUCACCAAGACGCUUCUGUCCUCUGAGUAUGAGUUUCGAAUGCUCUAUGACGAAGUGGCGCCGGACUACCAGUGCAAGAGCUGCUUUCAGCUGCUCGGCGUGGAUGUCAUCUUGGACAGCAACUACAAUCCCUAUGUUAUAGAGGUGAAUGGUUUGCCCAGCAUGCAGCUGUCCCACGAGUUUGGUGUGCCGAUCGACUCCUCGGCUGACUACACCUCUACCAAGCUGGGCUUGACACACGAUAUGCUCCAGAUCUUGUAUAGGCCACCCAGCAUUGGCGCCGGUGUAGCCAGUUCUCUGCUAGCGCUUGGCAUGCAGCAGUCAGGUCCCCAGUGGUGUCACACAGCUGCUGCUCUGAAAGAGGGCGCCUCCGCACUGCAUAACCGAUGCCUCGGAGAGCGUGAAUUCAUCGAGCUAGUCCAGGUCCAACAGGAGAAAGCAGCGCGUGGUCGCUUUGUGCGUCUUUAUCCGUCAUCGGACGGUGACGAAUUUAACCAGUUAGUGUUGCACUCCCACAAGCGCAUUGCAUCAGCACUGCAGCGUGAUGUCCUAACCAACUGGAAACUGCACUGGACUACCACACAGCUUGCCAAGAUGGCCGCGGUCAACUCACCACCAGAAUAGUGAACUAAGACUGUAAGAUGAUGCUUGCAGUGGGAGAAGUGUUCGUUCUUGAACCGGCCUAUUCUGGAUGUAUUACAGUAGCCUUGCACCGCGUUGAGUGCUCAGUAACUGUGAGAAUACAGGUAUUCUCCUUGAGCCGGGCUUGAGUGUUGAACCUCACUUUCAUCAACUAUUACAUGGCAUUGUAUACAGAAUAUGAUAAUUGUUAUAAAUGGUCAA